AUGACCAAUAUGACUGCGGUGGCUCCUGAAGAGCUGUCCAAACUCGUUGCAGAAAAGUCAUGUUCACAAGUUGAGCAUUAUGGCGGCAUUCCUGGCCUGCUAGAUAUGCUGCGCUCAAACGCCGACCACGGGCUGAUGUUCAGCGAUCAAGAUUCUAGUGAAAGGGUUCUAUUUUUUGGCGAAAAUAAACUCCCUACUCCGCCGUCAAAGCUUUUGUUUAGAUUCAUUUGGGACGCAAUGCACGAUAAAACCCUCAUCAUGCUAAUGAUCGCCUCGUUCAUUUCACUAAUCAUUGGCUUUUAUCGGAUGCUUUUUGUUCCAGAUGCUACAUCCCACGAAUGGUUGGAAGGCGCUGCCAUUUUAGCUGCCGUUUUUAGCGUGGUGAUAAUUUCUUCCCUCAACGAUUGGGUCAAGGAUCGGAAAUUUCGUUCCCUGCAUCAAAAGAAUACCGAUCGCCAAAUACACGUCUUGCGCAACUCCAAAGAAAAAAUGGUCUCAGUUUUCACCCUACUUGUUGGAGAUAUUGUGCUUCUAGAAGCUGGCGAGGUUAUUCCAGCAGAUGGAAUACUUGUUGACGGCCAUUCUUUAGUAAUUGACGAAUCUUCUUUAACUGGCGAAUCAAAGCCUAUCAGGAAGGGCAAUGAUGACGACUACUUCUUAUUGUCUGGAACGACCGUUUGCGAAGGCAUAGGAAAGAUGCUGAUUCUGGCUGUGGGACGCCAUUCACUCCAUGGUCAAAUUAUGACAUCCAUGAUGGAUGACGGUAGCGGUCAGCAGGGUGCUCCAUCAAUCACCCCUUUACAAAAGCAGCUUUUCAACUUGGCAGAGAAAAUAGCAUAUUUUGGAAUAGCCUCUGCGCUGCUUUUAUUUGGCUCUCUUUUGAUAAAGUUGCUGAUUUCCGAGCGAAAUUUGCUUACAAACCCUUCUGAUCUCAUUCUAGCCAUCACGAACAUAUUUAUUCAAGCGGUUACGAUUUUGGUGGUUGCUGUGCCGGAGGGGCUUCCAAUGGCGGUAACCCUAACCCUUGCUUUUGCCUCAACAAAAAUGACGGCCGAAAAUAAUCUCGUCCGUGUUUUGUCAGCCUGUGAAACAAUGGGCUCUGCUACUUGCAUUUGUACAGAUAAAACUGGGACCCUGACUACCAAUCAAAUGUCGGUGGUUGGUGGAUCCCUUUUUGGCGUCGCUUUUGGCGUCAUUUCAGAAGACAAGGGCUCUUUGGAGGAAGAUUUCUACGGGCAAUUUGAGGAGGACAUCAGCGAGGAUGCGUCGACAUCGAAUUGCCAUUCCGGCUAUGAGGAUGAUGAUCUGCUGCGCCCAUUGCUUCCUUUGUUCGAAGAAAAUGCCAGAGAAAAGGAAUUGUUUGUUGAUUCGAUCAUCCUAAACUCUACAGCCAUAAUUCCAUCCCUUGGCGACCAAAACAAGGAUUCUGUUAUCGGCUCAAAAACUGAAGUCGCGCUUUUGCAAAUGCUCCAAAAGCUCGGAAUCGAAGAUCCGUGCAUGCAGCGUGUAAAUUCAAUCCAGUCUGGAAAAGUUAUUGCUGAUAUGGUUCCCUUUAGUUCUGAGCGAAAGAUGAUGAAAGUUUCGAUUGACCAAUCUAAAGCUGGGAGACCCCCCUUAAUAUUGAUCAAGGGCGCCCCUGAACUUAUUCUGGCAAGUUGCUCUAUGCAGCUAUCGAUCAACUCAACUACCCAUGCAACGGUUGAAAAAGUUCCUAUUGACGAUGCUGCAAUUAAAGCUACACAGUGGCGUCUUUCACGCAUGGGAUUGAGGACAAUAGCCUUUGCUUAUUAUUCUCCCGAUGAUGGUGUAGGUAAAUCUGCCGGUGGUAUGGAUUACUUUACCGGCGAUGACUCAUCGGAGAUGAGUCGAGUAUACAUUGGAAUGGUUGGUAUCGAAGAUCCUUUGAGAGAAGAUGUCCCUAAAGCGGUAUUAUCUUGCCAGAGAGCGGGUAUCUCCAUCCGAAUGGUUACUGGAGAUUCUCUAGAAACGGCCUCUUCAAUUGCUAAAAGAGCUGGAAUAUUGAUGAGAGGCGGGCUUGCCAUUGAAGGCCCAAGAUUCCGGUCUCUUGAUGAAGCCACGUUAAACAAGAUCGUGCCUCGUCUUCAGGUCUUGUCUCGAUCUUCUCCCCUAGACAAGCAAAUUCUUGUAAAUAAGCUGAAGGCUUUAGGCGAUAUAGUCACGGUAACGGGAGAUGGCACAAACGACGGACCUGCAUUAAGAUCAGCCCACGUGGGGUUUUCAAUGGGCAUCACUGGUACUGAAGUUGCAAAGCAAGCUUCCUCGAUCAUUUUAAUGGAUGACAAGUUUUCCUCAAUCGUCAAGGCCAUCAGCUGGGGCCGAUGUGUUGGAGAUUCUGUAAGAAAAUUUUUGCUAUUUCAAUUGACCGUAAAUAUCUCUGCCGUUGUGGUGGCAUUUAUUUCAGCUUUGCUGAAUUCAGAUGGUCGGGGUGCAUUUAAUGCACUACAGCUUCUUUGGGUCAAUUUGUUGAUGGACACCCUUGGCGCUCUUGCCUUGGCAACAGAUGGGCCCACUCCAGAGCUUCUCGAUAGAAAGCCAGAGGGGUUGAAUAGACAGCUUGUUACCAAGGGGAUGUGGAUACGAAUUCUUGGGAUGGCUCUUUUCCAGAUAGUCGUACUUUUACUCAUGAUUAGCUUCCUUUCUGACACACACAAGACAUUUGUCUUCAAUACUUUUGUGAUGAUGCAAUUAUGGAAUGAAAUCUUAUGCCGCACCCUACCUCCGCUUCCAGGCUCAGCGGCAAGCAUUGCGCACAAGUUUUUUUUCAACCCGUUCAAAAACAUGCUCGACAACCAUAUUUCUCUUUCUGUGCUUUUUUUUUCGAUUCUUGGGCAAUUCUUGAUCGUUGAAUAUGGCGGCACCGUUUUUGGAACCGUCCCUUUAUCAAAGCUCGAAUGGGCUGCAUCAAUUCUGAUUGGGGCAACCUGCCUUCCUUUGUUUUUCAUCUUAAACUACAUCUCAUCCAUCUCUGCUAAGGAGGAAGAAGAAAAUGCUUCACGUAGGCAAUUCCGGUCCACAAUGGCAUCAAGGGAAAGGCUUCAGUGGCAUGCCGCUGUCACAGACAUACAAAAUGGGCUUUCCGUGUUCUCUGCGUUACGGAGGGCACGUCCAGUUGUGUCUGAUUAA